CAUUGUGAGCAGUGUGUGUGUGUGUGUGUGUGUGUGUGUGUGUGUGUGUGUGUGUGUGUCAGUGAGAGAAGGAACGGAAACUCUCCCUUUCUACUAAUAAAUAAACUUAGCAGUGUGGAUUCCUCAGGAAAUUGAUGUGAUCAUGUCUAAACCCAAUUACACUGGAGUUUAUCACUGGGUCUCUCAGGACAACUUUGAAGCCUAUCUGGCUGCUUUAGAUAUUAAUAUAGCGUUGAGGAAGGUGGUGUGUAUGCUGAGACCCAGUAAACACAUUGAACACGAUGAUAAUUCCGGAAACAUGAAGAUUAAAACCGUCACAACGUUUAAGAACUUUGACAUGGACUUCACUCUGGGACAGGAGUUCACUGAGGACCUGGGGCCCGUCGACGGCAGGAAGUGCCAGACCACAGUGGACUGGGACGGUGAUAAACUGUUGUGCAUACAGAAAGGAGAGAAAGAAGGACGAGGAUGGACACAUUGGCUCGAAGGAAACUUACUUCACCUGGAGCUGCGUGUGAAUAAUGUUGUGGCUAAGCAGGUCUUCAAGAAAGCAGAAUGAGCAGCUGGUUUCUGGGACAAUGAGCCCAAAGCACUGUGGGAAAACUGGGAGAGCCGACCAGCCAAUCAG